CGCUCUCUCUCUCCCCCCUCCCCCGGCCAGGGCGCGUGCUUCUACCCGCCGCCUUUCUCUCGCGGGCUGCUCGGCUCUGUUGGCGCCGCCGCUGGAGGCCGGUUGUCUUCCGCCCUCCAACUCGUUCUACGGGCCCGCGCGCUUGCACCCUCCUCUCCCCCUCCCCCCCGCCGCCUCCUCGGCGGCCUACCCACGUCUUCGCGUAGUCUUCUGCGCCUGCGCACAGAGCGUGACCUCUCGGGAGGGGUUAUGUUGUGGUGGCGGCGGCGGCUGUAGUGAGACGCCCCCCCUAUGGAGCCUGCCCCGGGCACAGCAGAGCUGAGACAUGUAGAAAAAGAUGUGUUAAUUCCAAAAAUGAUGAGAGAGAAGGCCAGAGAACGAUGUUCAGAUAAAGUGCAAGUCUCAAGAGGCAAAAGUCAAACUUUGUCCCUGCUUAUUCAGUGUUACUGUCUUGUACUAUGCCACAGCUUUUACCAAAUGCUGCCAAGAGUCUGGUUUUCUUAUGGUGGUGAAAUGUCAACAGGAAAAUGCAGCCUUGAAAGAAUGUCUAACUACCUAGGCCGAAAGUCUGAAACUGAAGGGGAAAAAAAAUACAUUAACGUCGUUACCAGGAACUGUAGCAAUUACUCUGUUGGUGUUCAGAACAGUCAGCACUGUGUUAUAACAACUUUAAAUCAAAGCUAUAAUGAUCCAGCAUUUUAUGAAGAAUGCAAAAUUGAAUACUUGAAGCAAAGGGAAGAAUUCAGAGUUACUGGAAUUCCUGCUAAACAAAGACAACAGAAGCUUCCUACAAGCAUGUAGUGAAAUCCUAAAAUGAAGUUUGGAAAUUUACUUCAGCUAUCGACACGUACAUUGAUUUGGUGGAAUGAGUACGUUAAUUGAAUAAGCAGACUCAAUUUUGUUUAAAAAACCAAUUUGUCUGAGGCAGGAUUUGAUUGAAAUAAAUGUAUCUCAUGUUUUAUUUUGUGUAUUAGGAAUAAACUCUUAUGAAUGAA